AGUGGAGCGCAUGGAACUAGUUGCCGAGUUAUGGCAGGAAAACUUUAAGCCAUAUAAAUCUUUGAUGCAGGCUUGGGAAGCAAUUCACAAGAACAAGUCAAGCAAUGAAGUUGCACCACUUGAGAUUGAAUCAAACAGGUUUGGUUUUUCGGGCGAGCUUCCAGGUAGACUCUCUCCCUUUCGGCGUUCACGAGCUGCUGCUGCAGGCAUAUCUCCCUGCAGAAAUAAACCACAAUCUCCAUUUCAGGGCGUGAAGUUGCUCGGUGAUGCUAAAGAAACUGAAAUCAAUAAAUCAGACAAUUUGAAUUUCUACAGCACUGGACUUGGUAAAGUACAAGGGGUUCCAAACCAAGGAGCCAAAAGAAGUUCAUAUUUAGGAAGUUUGGGAAUUGAAAAGACAUUGUAUAUAGACAUUAUAUCAUGUUUGAUUUGAAAACAUGAUAUAAAUUUUGUUUUUGAUUAUUGCAAUAGUAUUUCAAUUGAAGAUUAA